UCGCUGCUUUUUGGGCGUCUUGGAGGCGCUUGGGGAAGCGGAGGGUCCGGAGAGGAGGCGGCAUGGCGAAGAAGCAGACCCCCGCGGGAGCCAGCCCUGCUCAGAGGCUGCCCCGGUUGUGAGGAAGACGAGGAGAGGCGGCGGGCGGGCCUGACUGGGAGCUGCAAUUCGCGCCCCUCGCCCGGGGAGCAGAAGGGGCGUCUGCGGAGAGCGCGGGGACUCCUGCGGGCCGCCCGCAGGAGGCAGGCAGGCAGUGGCCAAGAGGAGGAGUCAUGCCCGAGCAGGCGGCCGGGCGUCGCCAGCGCCCCGCGCCCGGCAGCCGCCCCGCCGUGCCGCGCUUCCCCUGAAGAUGGGCAGCUCCACGCGGGUCCCGGUCCGCUGGGCCUGGCCCUUCUUCGUCGCCCUGGCCGCGCUGCUGGGUAGGGCGGCGUGGGGCCACCCGCAGUGCCUGGACUUCAAGCCGCCCUUCAAGCCUCCGCGGCCGCUGGCCUUCUGCGUGCAGUACUCGGACCUGGGCUGCUGCGACGCGCAGCGCGACUCCGCCCUUCUGCAGCGCUUCUACGGAGUCACCGAGCACCUGGACCAGGCUGCCUACGCCGCCUGCGCCAGUUACCUGCAGGACCUCUUGUGCCAGGAAUGCUCCCCUUAUGCUGCUCACCUGUAUGAUGCUGAAGACCCUUCUACACCUGUGAAAACAGUGCCAGGUCUUUGUCCUGACUACUGUGUACAAGUGUGGCAAAACUGCAGGUCCAUGUUCCAGUUCCUCACUCACGACAAAGAGUUACUGGCCCUGGAAAACAACAUGGCGAAGUUCUGUCGUUAUCUUUCCUUGGAGGAUGUUGACUACUGCUUCCCUCACCUCCUGUCCAAUAGACGUCUUAGUCAAAACCUUGGGCUGGUGACGGCUGACACCGAAGGAUGCCUACAGCUCUGCUUAGUAGAGGUAGCUAAUGGGCUUAUGAACCCGGUAGCCAUGGUGCACGCAAAUGACGGAACUCACAGGUUCUUCAUUGCCGAACAAGUUGGCUUAGUUUGGGCCUACCUGCCAGAUCGUUCACGGCUCGAAAAACCAUUUCUGAACAUCAGUGAAGCUGUACUAACCUCACCUUGGGAAGGCGAUGAGAGAGGUUUUCUAGGUAUUGUCUUCCAUCCUAAAUUCAAAUUUAAUGGUAAAGUGUUUGUCUACUAUUCAGUUGAAGUUGAUUAUGAAGAGAGAAUCCGAAUCAGUGAGUUCAGAAUUUCUCCCGAUGACAUGAAUUCUGUGGACCAUGGUUCUGAAAGAAUAAUUCUGGAGAUAGACGAACCAGCUUCCAAUCACAAUGGAGGAGAACUGCUGUUUGGAGAUGAUGGCUACCUUUAUAUCUUCACUGGAGAUGGAGGGAUGGCUGGUGAUCCUUUUGGGACGUUUGGAAAUGCUCAAAACAAGUCAACGCUUCUCGGCAAAGUGCUCCGGAUCAACGUUGACAAUAAUGACCGUGGCCCUCUUUACCGGAUUCCUCCUGACAACCCUUUUGUAGAUGAGACGGAAGCUCGGCCCGAAGUCUACGCUUACGGUGCAAGGAAUAUGUGGCGCUGCUCUUUUGAUAGGGGUGACCCCUACACAAAGGAAGGGAAAGGCCGGCUUUUCUGCGGCGAUGUAGGGCAGAACAAAUUCGAGGAAAUUGACCUUGUGGAGAAAGGGAAAAAUUAUGGCUGGAGAGCAAGAGAAGGAUUCAGUUGUUACGACAAAAAGCUCUGCACCAAUUCCUCACUAGAUGAUGUGCUGCCUAUAUAUGCUUACCCACACAAAAUGGGGAAAUCAGUAACAGGAGGCUAUGUCUAUCGGGGUUGUGAGUCUCCAAACUUGAAUGGGCUGUACAUAUUUGGUGAUUUUAUGAGUGGGCGCCUAAUGUCCUUGAAGGAGAACCAUGUCACUGGUGAAUGGCAGUACAAUGAAAUAUGCAUGGGAACAGGACAAACUUGCAUGUUUCCUGGAUUUAUCAAUAACUAUUAUCAGUAUGUCAUCUCGUUUGCAGAAGACGAGGCAGGAGAGGUCUAUUUCAUGUCAACCGGGAUGCCAAGUGCUACCGCCCCUAAUGGAGUCGUUUACAAAAUAGUGGACACCUCCCGGAGAGCGCCACCCGGCAAAUGUCAUAUUGAGCCUCUGCCAGUCAAAACAAAAAGCAAACUCAUCAAGUUUGUAGCAAAAGAAAAGCUCAUAAUAAAAGCACCAACACAGCGUCCUAAACAAAGGGCCACAGCUCGAGCGCCAACGAAGAGCAAAGUGACGGCAGAACCACCUCGGGUCACGACUCCAGACUGGGUGGAGCAAAUCAUGACUCUUCUAAGAAGUCAAAACAGAGUGCUGAUGACCACCGCCCCACCAAAAACCAAAGCCCCGAAGCCCAGGAAAAGUGGGAGGGCCGGGGGAAGGAGAGGGCAGAGGAGGAGGACUAAGCCAACCAGUGCUCCCACACAGCCACGGAACGGUGUGGUUCGAAUAAUGAACGGCAGUGUGGCAGGGAAGGACCGAGGAAGGGUAGAAAUCUUCAUCAACGGAAAGUGGGGCACCGUGUGCGAUGACUUGUGGACUUCCAAAGCAGCGGCGGUAGUUUGCCGCCAGUUGGGCUAUGCUUUUGUGAUCCGGGCAACCAAGAAAGCAGAGUUUGGGGAGGGACGUUCGCUUCCCAUUCUUCUUGAUGACGUUCAGUGCUCAGGCCGGGAGAAAACCCUACUGGAAUGCUUACAUGCAGACAUUGGAAAGCACAAUUGUUCCCACAAGGAGGAUGCAGGGGUGAUAUGCAGUCAUGAAGAUGUUACUGAGACUGAACAGUAGUUUGGGAUACGAAUGCUGGGUGGCUGCUUAGUUUUAUUGUUUGUUUAACGCCAUUGUCUGAUGUGGAUGGUGUUUAUCAAAUGACUGCAUCUUGAUUUAAGAGCUGUGUCUAUUGGAUAAGCAGAAGAGAUAAUGCUGUGUAUAAAACAGCAGCGUCUUGGUCAGUGGUUGUUUGCAGUUUUGCAAAUGGAAGAAAAUAUAAUAGGAACUGUUGUAAAUAACUGAAUGAUCACAUUGGAUAAAGAAGAAGAGUAAAUACUGGUCAUGUCACUCUUCUUGGUUUAACCCUAGCAUAAUUCUUGGCCACAAAAUACAAGUGUUGUAUUUCUCAUUAUUUGUAACUGGGCUUCUCAAAUGUUCCCUUCUGUGUUGCAAAAAUAAUUUAAACCUCUGUAAAGCAGAGGAAUAAGGAUAACCCAUAAUAUCUGGAACGUGACACCUGAAGUGGUCUGAUUCUGCAGACUCUCCAGGUCCACUGGUUUCCCAAACUUUGCUUGUUGUGUUUGUUGUGAGGGGGGAAGGGCAAGGAGAUUGUAAGCCUCUUUGAGUCUCCUACAGGAGGGUAUAAGUCCAAAUUCUUCUUUUUCCUCCUCCUCCUCUUCCUCCUUCUCCUCUUGCUGCAUUUUGGAUAAUUUUUACUCCAAACCAGCCUUCAAGCCAUCUUACAAGCAUUAAUUAAAAAUCACAACA